AUGAUUAAUAUGAAGUUAGCUUUCCCACCGACUUAUGUCUGUUAUGAUGAAGAACUAUGUGAUUUUCUCCAAACAACAUUUCGGUAUAAAAAUAAAACUUGUCGAAUGGAUUAUCAAAUUGGAUUUAAAUCAAAUAUUAAAUAUUAUAUAUGGAAAUCUCUUAAUGAUAUAAUAAAAUCAUAUUUUCAUAGGUGUUUAACUAGAUAUGAAAAAGAAAGUUCUAUUGAAAAUAAUUCAUUAUAUUGUUGUAAAAAUUCUUUAAAAUGUAUUUCAAAACAUCAAAUUGUUGAUGGAAUUUUCAAUUGUUAUUUAAAUGAUGAUGAAAAACAAUUUGAAUUAAGUUGUACAAUGAAUAAUACUCGAAGAUUUAAGUGUCCAAAUGAGAAUAUAUGUUAUUCUCUAUUAUUUCCGAAAACUUGUCCUUCUAUUACUUCGUCAUUAAAAUUAUCAGAUAUAUCAUUUCAUGAAAUAUGUCAUCGAAUUAUUCAUUUAUUACCUGAAACAAUCAAUGGAGAAAAUCAUACAGAUGAAACAGAAUGUCAAUAUUGGCCCUGUAGUAUUAUUUAUACGCGUUGUAAUCUAUUUUGA